AUUGUUGAUAAUGCGGAUGCCUUUUCUAUGUCAUUCAUAUGAGAGCCCAAUGACUAUACUAGUCGGUUAGUCUAAAUGUGUUGUGAAAUAAUCGUGUCGUAUUUUGUGUUAGUGUUGUAAAUAAAUUAUUAAAAAUGUAACGACAAAUUCUUGUGACGUUGGGUCUCAUUUUAAUUGCAAUUGCGUGAUAAGUUAAUUUAAUGAACCGGUUUUUACGUCCGUUGGUAUCGUGAUAUCUCGUUGGCGACGGUUUGUUUACGAUGGAGUUUUCACUCAGUAAACUAAAGAAUAUUUUGAAUACGAAGAAAGACAACCAGCUGGCUGGUAGCGGCAGCUUGGAGCCCGAGAUUGGGUUCAAAUUGUCUUUACACCCUGUGGCUAGAACUUUGUAUGUUACUGUGAUUGGUGCACGACACCUGCCGUCCUUUUUUGGCCUGAGUCGAGCCCAUGGAUAUCUUGUAAAAGUUAAAGUUUUUCCCGGAGACAGCAAAUUCGAAACAACGCUUCAAGAAAGCUCUUGGCCAAUAUGGAAUGAAGACUUCAAGUUCCAAUUAAAACAAAAAGAUGCAAAGAAUAAAAAAAAUGACCUUCAAUCUUUAGUCGCUGGGCAUUUUUUGUCGUUAACUAUAUAUGCCUUGUUGGAACCUGCGAAACAAGAAUCAGAACGACGAAGAAACAAAACGGAUUCUAAAACCUCUAAAGUAGCGACACAAGAGGAACCUAAACCUAAAGGAGGUUUUCUUGAAAAGACUUUUAGUAGUUUUAAAUCAACGAAAGCAGAGGCGUCAUUGCAGAAAUCUGUGCUGGAAAAACGCAGAACACUGGGUGCUGCGACCUGGAAUUUUGAUUCCAAGUUGUUCCAAAAUGAUCUGAAGAAUGGAUUGAUCGGCACUCCAGAUAUUUGGCGACCAAUCAAUGCGAUUGCUAGUGGAUUAGCAGCUUCUGAUUCACGGAGAGAAAACAAGAAAGGGCAGUUGGAAGUGACCCUGUUGUACACCAGCAGCGAGAAUGGACUGAACGAUGUGGUGCAGCUGACGGUCAAUCGGCUGCGGGCCAGUGUGCAGACCAUGCAAGAACAGGAGCAGUUCAGAGCACCGCUGUAUAUCAAGGCUACGAUAUUCGAAGCGAACAAAGCAGAAUGCUAUUGGAAGAGCGACAGAUUUGAACCCACGAUAUCUGCAAAAUGGGACCCGAAGUCUGCUACAGUAAAAUUGACAGUUUUCAAAGCUAAUUUAGAUAAAGUGAGCAUCUACAUUAGCCUCGGUUGUAAGUUGAAGAUGGGAAAGAAAGAAAUUCUUGGGAAAGCUACAAUUGAUGCUAAAUCACCAUACACUGAUAGCUGGAACGAGUGUUUACAGAAGCCUGGCGUCCCCAAAACUUUUUGGGUUAAUUUUGACUGAAGUUGUCAUAAUUGCUUCUGAUGGUAUUUUUGAAUUUAUAUAACAAAACUUCGAUAUUGAGACAAACCAAUUGUCAUAAUUGUUUUCAUUUUGGCAUUUGCCACCAUAAUUACUUGGAAUUUAGUCUGGUAACAUUGUGUUCUAAUACUCAUAUUACUGCAUAAUUCGAAUAAGUUGAAAUUAUUGUAUACGUAAAACAGGCAGCACUAUAACUUUAAUACGAACUACUUCACAACUUUGGAUACUCUGGGUUUUUUGUUUUGCUUAACCUUAGUAUGAUAAACUUUUGGAUAAUAGUGAAGGAUUUGGAAUAUAACAAAAAGGGCAAAACAGUAGUUAGUGUAUUUCGCAUCAACAUGUAAAUAAAUGAAUCAACGAUGCAAGCUGUGAGCGCAACUAAGUAGGUAUUUUAAACUCCCUCAACUUACUCCACAACAACUUUUAACUCCGACAAACUGGCAACGGGUGACAUAUUUUAUCGCAAUAGCUUUAAUAAAACUGUGCAUGCAUAUUUAAACGUACGGAAUGAACAUUUACCUAAACGAUUAUACUAAAUAAAAUAGGUACUAAUUAAAAAGUAUGUGACUUAAGAAA